UAGCGGCCCGCUGGCGCUGCCCCAGGCCGCUGAGGGAGCCGUGACGGGGAAGGAGCUGAAGGAGCCGGUCCGGGCACUCCGGGGCCGCCUGAGGGGAAGAAGGGAGUCCUGGGGCUUCUCUGCCCCAGGCUGCUUCACCUCGGCUCGGCUCAGCCCAGAGGGCCGCGCUAGCCCCAAAGGCACCAGUGAAAAGCCCCAGGUGCCCGGGCGGCGGUGCCGAGGGAGCUGAGGCGGCAAAAUGGAGGCCUGCGCGUCCCCUCACGGGCAGCGCGCGGGUGGGGUCGAUGGCUGAGAAGGACGUUUCCCAUGCUGUGUGUACCGGGCCAGCCUGACUGAGUGGCUGAGUGACUGAGCAAAGCAGUAGAGCAAGAGGAUGGAAACCCUUGGACUUCUCAUCUUGGAGGGAGGAGGACAUCUCUGAGCAAAUCAGGAAAAUAUUGGUUGUAAGCAGGGGUAACUGCAAGAAGUGCUAGUAAGCUGGAGGACGGAAGGAGGGGAACAUCUGGCAUCUUGCCUGGAUGUUCACAGCAGUUACUGGCCAUGUCCUGUUUGGGAGGGAGAGCAGGUCAGCGAAAUGCUGGAAGCAGGAAAGCCCUUUCAGAUCCCUUUCCAUCAGAAGACAGCACCAGUCGCCGCCGCCGAGCAAGCAGGGAAAGGAGAGCUGGAGGAGCGCCGCGGCGGCCGCAGCUCGCCCGCCCGCCCCGGCUGCCGCCCUCAAAAGAUGCACUUCAGCACCGUCACCAGGGACAUGGAAGCUAUCUCCAGCCCCUGGCUCACCCAGCUGUCCCAUUUUUGCGAUGUUGCAGCUUUCACGGCCAACAGCCUGAGCAGCCUGAACGCCUCCGGGGGGUACCACCUCUCCCCCUCCCCGGGGGACCCGUACGGACAGCAUGAGCCGCCGCACUACGAACCCUGCACGGCUCAGCAGCACCCGCACCCGCCGCCCCAACCCCAGCACGGCUACCCUUUCGGCGGGGCGGCGGCGGCGGCCGGGACCAACCCGCCGCCCCCAGGCCCCGAGCAGCCCGAGGGCGCCGGUGGAGCCGCUGCCGGGCCGAACGCAGUCUCGGGCUGCUCUGCGGGGGCUGCCGCCGCGGCCAAGGCGCCGGUGAAGAAGAACCCGAAGGUGGCAAACGUGAGCGUCCAACUAGAGAUGAAGGCGUUGUGGGACGAGUUCAACCAGCUGGGCACCGAGAUGAUCGUCACCAAGGCAGGCAGGCGCAUGUUCCCCACCUUCCAGGUGAAGAUAUUUGGGAUGGACCCUAUGGCUGACUACAUGCUUCUUAUGGAUUUUGUCCCGGUGGAUGACAAGCGAUACCGGUACGCCUUCCACAGUUCCUCCUGGCUGGUGGCUGGCAAAGCCGACCCCGCCACCCCCGGGAGAGUCCAUUACCACCCGGAUUCCCCGGCCAAAGGGGCGCAAUGGAUGAAGCAGAUCGUUUCCUUCGAUAAGCUCAAACUAACCAACAAUUUGCUGGAUGACAACGGGCAUAUCAUUUUGAACUCCAUGCACAGAUACCAGCCGCGUUUUCACGUGGUCUACGUGGACCCCCGGAAAGACAGCGAGAAGUACGCGGAGGAGAACUUCAAAACUUUCGUCUUCGAGGAGACGCGCUUCACGGCAGUGACCGCCUACCAGAACCACCGGAUCACGCAGUUGAAGAUUGCAAGCAACCCUUUUGCCAAGGGAUUCAGAGACUGCGACCCUGAGGACUGGCCCAGGAACCACAGGCCAGGGCCUCUUCCUCUCAUGAGCGCUUUUGCCAGAUCCCGGAAUCCAGUCUCUUCCCCAGCCCACCAGAAUGGGACAGAGAAAGAUGCUGCCGAGAGCCGGCGGGAGUUCGAGCGGGAGGCCGGCGGGACGGCGCUGCACCAGGCCGAGGCCGCGCACCAGCAGCUCAUGUCCCGCGUGCUCAGCCCGGCGCUGCCGGGCGGAGGCGGCGGGCUGGUGCCGCUGGCCGGGGCGGGCGGCGGCCGGCCCAGCCCGCCGCACCACGAACUGCGCCUGGAGCCCGCCGCGUCGGAGCCGCUGCACCACCAUCCCUACAAGUAUCCGCCGGCGGCGGCCGCCGCCUACGACCACUACCUGGGGGCGAAGAGCCGGCCCGCCCCCUACCCUCUCCCCAGCAUCCGCGGGCACAGCUACCACCACCAUCAUCACCACCACAUGAACGCGGCGGCCGCGGCGGCGGCGGCUGCCAACAUGUACUCGCCGGCAGGAGCACCCGCCGGCUACGACUACGGGCCCCGGUAACGGGGCACCGGCGGCACGAGAGACACCGGCCUCCCCCUUCCCGCCUUUCCCCCACCUCCCGCCUUACGAGUGAGCUGAUUGGCCAGUUUGACCUGAUGGACAACCAGACAGCCCAAUCGCCGGCAGCCGGGCCCCGCCCCGCGCCCCGCCCUGUGGGGGCUGUGAGGGCGGCGAUGCCGGGAGCUCCAUCGCGGUGUGACCCGCGGCUGCACUUUGAUAAAUGAAGCCAUAUGUCCUUAUCUCCCUUUCCCCCGCGCCUCCGUUCGUGCCGGGCACCGAGGACCGUCGGGCGGCUGGGAUGCGGUGGGAGGACGGUGAGGCGGCAGCGGUGAAGUGACUUGUCCCCUCUCACUCGCCCGCCGGGUCUUCUGAGGGAGGUUUGGUGUUACCGCCGGCGGGGGCGGUGCCCGCGGGCCCUGUAGGUGAGCACCGAGCAGGGGCUGUGGGGCCGGCCCUGAGCCAAGUGUCGUCCUGCACUUGUCGGUGUCAGCCCUUCCCAACCCGGGGCACACCGAGGGCUGGUUCACAGGUGGCUCAGCUGGUUGUUUGAGGAGACUCUUGGGGAAGCAGAGUUUAGUUUAAAGGAGUGCUUUGAAUCCUUACUGCCAGAACAAAUUUCCCACUUCUCCUCUGGCCCUGACCCAUUCGCAAGUUUUGGGGUUCACUGGGGUGCCUUAGCCAUAGCAUCAUUUUCUGGUGCUGUUGAGAAGGCCAAGAGCACAGCAUGUUCAGCUGUGUUUGCAUCUUGUUUUCCCAACAAUACCUGCAAACGUUUAAAAACCAGCCUGUGGGUGGGGGAAUAUCUGCAGAUUUCAGGCUGUGUGUUUCCCACAUGCUUCUCAGGGAGCCUCACACAGUUCUGCCUUCCUGCAUCCUUUCCUGAGCUCUUGAAUACUCUCUCAUGGAGGUGCCUUUUAAAGGGACUUCAGGGUCUUUUUCUCAGACUGGCUCACCCUUUAUAUUUGGCUGACCCAAACUCAAGUAGUUCUAAAGCAUCUAUUCUGCAUUACCUGCUUGCUGCAUCUUCCCUCUUAAUGCUGGUAAGUACUUUUUCUUUUUCCUUUAGUGUCUUCAUUCAGUAGUCGUUCCUUACUGCUAAAAAGAUGGCCCUGUUCAUCAGAGUUCUCCAGUGAUGUUUUUUUAAUAGUUGGUUUGUGUUUUGUUGGAUGCUCACCGAAGGCAGUCCCUUUGUGUUCAAAGAAGGUAUUGAGCAGCUCCUCAGCUGUGUUGGUGUACAGUAUUAUGAACACUUUCCUAAUUCUUCCACAUGAAUCCAUUGAAAGAUGGGGGUUGUUUCUUUUAAAGUCAUCUAUUCAUCCAUGUGCCUUUUUAUUCACAAACUCUUUAAAACAUGUUCUUUCCCUGGUGCAGGUGGCAGUGUUAAUAGCAAUGUUUAUUUUGUCUCUGGCAGUGGGCUUUGAGCUUCCAAAACCUUUUUGGAAAGGUUUAAGAAGGGAUACAAGCUACCAUGAAUAUUUUAUGUAACUUUUUUUCUGUUAAAAAAUAUAUCUGGAUCCAUAAAAAAAAGACUCGUGCAAGAAAUAUGUAUUUUAUUUGACAUUUGCAGUGAAUUGUGAGAUUCUUAGUGUCUGACUAAAGCAUAAUGUUUUCAGAAAGGUUGAUGUAAAAUAGCUUUGUGCUUAUUAUUAGUCAGUGGGAAAUGGCUCUGGGAUGUGCUCUGUUGCUUUGCCGCUGUUAUUUCAGAAUUUUCAGUAUGAUUUGUUAUCUGUAAACUGAUUAGUGCCAAAGCUUUGGUCAAAUGUUUAAUGAAGUUGUUAUAUUUAUUAUUUCCUUCAAAGAUUAUACAAACCCUUUUUUUUUUUUUUCUUGAUAGUUGCAGUGUAGGAAAAAAGUGAAGACAACCAAAGAAUCAUAUCUGCAAAGUGUAGAUACAUGUAGAUAUUUGUAGAUAUAUGUAGAUAAUCUUAUUUCAAUUGAAAAGACAUUGGACAGUGACAUUUAUAAAUAUUUUUCCUCUUCUUUCUUUCCUUCAUUUCUUGUUUGAUUAUUUGUGUAUAUUUGUCAGUUUGUCUGCCCUGAAAUCUAAGCUCCCCCUACAAAAUGCAGUUAUUUAAAUAAGGAGAGUUCUUAGUCUGAGCAAACAGUGACUCUCCACAGGUGAUUGCUCCUUCUCUUCUGUCCCUGGUUGCCACAGGUGCCCAUGGUUGUGGUAAUCUAUCACAAUACAACAGUUUGCAAGGCUGGGGCUCCCAGGUGAAAACAGAUCUGUUUGUAAUGAUAAGCACCUGUUCUCUUCAAACACACAUAGAAUGACCCAGGGUGCCAGGACUAAACUGUGCCCUUAAUGAAAGUGGCUCAAGAUCCUUGCCUUGAUUGUAGGAAUUUCAAUUUUAUAUUUGUUAGAAGAAGAUAAAAUCACAGAACUUCAAGCUGUGGGUAGUGGGCCCUCAGGAUCACUGUUCUGUGUUCUGUGCUAAAGAACCACUGCAGAGGUCCUGAGGCUGACUGGGAAGGAGAGCAUGCAGCUACAGUCUGAGAAAAUGGUAUUUCUAACCAUGCAUUUAGUCCAUCAGCAUGCAAGGUGCUUAGACAUGUUCACAUUAAAGCAUGUUAGCAGUCCAGUUCAUGUUGUGUUUUAAUCCUUAAAUCAAGAUUCUUCAGGGCUUUGACUGGUGUCCCUCCUUCCAUAAUAAUGUCUGUCUCACUGGAUGGGAGUGUUACAGAUAUGGAAAGCAAAAAGGGUUAUUUUUCUAUCCCAACAAAAAAUCCACUUCAAAUAAACAAAACCCCAUAUUGCUGCAGAUUGACUAGUAGAAGGGUUUCGAAAAUCACAGAAAAAUUUGUAACACUCUAAUGUCAUAUUACCUGUCAGCCUGUUAGUCAGGAUAUGUCAUGUAUAGGCUAUGCAUUAUCUGUAUAUUGUAGAUUCAUUUGACAAAUGACUUUGUAUGAUUUGGUUACAUGUCUGGUUAAAUUUCAUUCAGCCAUGCUGUCACCAAGGUCCAUGGCACAUUCUAGGAAAGAAGGUGGCCACUUUUCCAGGCAAUACUUCCACUUGUGGUUUCCUCAAGUCACACAAAGCACUUACACAUAAAGUGUGUUUAAAAGCUGCUGUAAAACAGGCCCAGGUGUGGAAGUUACAAGCAUCCUUUGUCCUUUCCAAAUAGGGCUGGAGACUAAAUUAGCCAUCUAGCUCUAUUUUCUAGAGGUACAGGCUGAGUUCAGCGAUUGCUUCUGAGGUCUGAAAACCACAUCGCCUAGCUCAGUGGAUAAAUCCAGGAUUAGUUCCUUGUUCCAUGCAGGUGGAACAAGGGUGGCCUUUGCUUAAUCACUUAACCCAAAUACUGGGGACAGUUGCAGUUUUCAGAAAUGGCUUUCUGCAUUUGAUUUUAUUCUAUCCUUGCUAGUGGAAUUGACUGAAUUAAAUGUAGGAUAGGAACAUGGGGAUGAAACUCCUGUGUGUUUGCAGUGUUCAUGCACACUCUUUACACAUUUCACAGAUGAUCUCUUUAGUCUUUCCUUCUCUUUAGGGAGGCCCUAUAACUCUCUGGCUAGAACUGUGCAAGUAGUCCCCAGCAGCUGCCUCUCAGCAUCCUGGGGUGCUGGCAUCUCUUCAGCCAGUCUCAAGCACACGUACAAGGACUGUAGUAGGUGUAGAAAAGGUGUUCUGCAUGCAGCAGCUGCUGGGGGACAGUGAACCCAUGAGCUGUGGGCUUCUAGAGCAUCUCUACAUAGAGCUGUGGCUAGUGGGGCUACAUGGCUUGGGGCCACCUCGGCUGGGGCACUGUCCUUUCCUGCCAAGCAUUCCUCCUUCUCUCCAGCAAGUGGAUUUCAGCCUGUGAUGCUGGAUCCCUCACCAAAGGGCAGUUGUACCUUGAUCUGUCUGGAAUAAGAAAAGCAGGUUCAGUCGUGCUGUGUAAUGUUCUGCCUAUGUAAAGGGAUCCCUGUAGCCUCUAGAAACAAGUCAGGCACCCACAGGUUUGGGCUGGGGGGCAGAAGCUGAGCCCUGCUGCCUGGAGAAGGCUGGAAGAGCAAACGCAGCAGUACCUGCAAAGCAGGUUUCAGCAUCAUUACCCAAAGAGCUCAAAAAGCUGCCGCGAGCCUGUUGAACACGGCUGGGCUGGAAGGUGGGAGAAGAGCGUUUGUGUGAACAGACACGUGUUGGUUCUUGGUGCUUUGCCUUCUGUCGUUCGCUUUCCUGAUAGGUUGAAACCAAAUUCUGCAGCGCGUUGAGACCGCGGGUGCUUUGGCCUGACCCGCGGUUUGUGUGAAACUGCCGCUGUGGGCAGAGGCACACCCAGCGUGUCCCGAGGGUCACCUCGGAGGGUCCCCGCGGGUGUCGCUGCCCCGUGGCCGCGGUGGAGGAGGAGGAAGAUGCUGCGCGCACCCCGGCCGGCCCUGCCUGAAGAGCCGGCUCCCUCCAGAGGGAAGAGCCGGGCAUGGCACGCGGUGGAUUCGGCACUCACGGAAAAUUAAAAGGGCUUCAUCUUCUGGAGCUGGGAAAUACGCGAUGAGCGGAAAAUAUAGAUUAGGGGAUUAAAGGAAAGAUUUUAUCUUUGAAACACUCUAGCAUAAAUGAGAAGGGGCAGUCUCCUGUGAGUUACAAUUUGAGGAUACUCAGCCAGCAAUGGCUUAGCCAUUGCUCUAAGCUGGUGUUAUUAAGAAUCCACUCUGCAUGUGUAGAGGCCAGUACUUGUGUAUGGAUGCAACGUUUUUCUAAACAUAAGCAUGUUUUUCUUCAUUUAAUCAUUCCAAUUGAAUUGAUUGCUAAGAUACAUAAUUUACAUAGGUAUCUGACAAAUCUAGGUGAAAGUUUUCUAUUAUUGCCAUUAUCAUGAGCUCAGCAUGUGCAUAUAAAAUGUGCUGUUACAGUGAGAUGCCUAUUGUCAGUGGGAAUCUAGAUAGUGUAUCAGAGGUUUGAGAUUUGCAAAUCUCAAAGAAUAGUAUUUAAUACUUUUUUUCCUGCCUGGUAUGCUGCAUACACAGUCAAUGCAAAAAGGAAGAGCUGUUUUUGAAGACACACGUUAAUUUUGAAAAACACAGACAUGUCCCAUAUACCACAUGUAUGUACAUGUACAGGUCUGCUCUCCAAAGGCCCACUGUCCUUCAGGAGGGCUGUGUAAGGCAUUUUGUGUGUUGCAUAUGCCAGAAAACCCACCCUCAUUCCCCCCAUUAAUAGAAAUGACCUAUUAUAAAUUUACCAAAGAUACCGUAGUUUUAUAAAUUGGCCACAUAUGUCUGGGUAAUAUAUUUAUUAUAUCACAUUUCACAGCAUUUCUGUUUUAUGAAAUUCAGCCUUGAAUUUGUCACAUAUGUUUUGCAUAUAUGUGCAAUAGUUGGCCAAGUAUAUCCAAGGAAAGUAUGAUAAAUGUGUUCUUUCCAUAUGGGAAAUUAAAUGUUUUUCCAGAUUUAAAAAAAAAAGUUUAUUAAGAGCAGCCUAUACAAAAUAAUUACAAUAAAUCACUCACUUCUAUUUAGGUUAAAAUUAUAAAUUUGGACUAGUAAUAAAGUGAUUAAGAACAAGAGCCAGAAAAGUCUCAUUUAGGACCUAAUUCUAUAAGUAGAUGGAGCAGCAUAGAUAGAAGAGGCCCUAGACAUUCUCAAGGCUCGCUGCUCCAUGUUGUGACAUCCUGCAGGGCUGCAGAGCAGCUUCCACCUCCUGCUCCCAGUGCAGCUGGAGCUGCUGAAGGACAGCCUCCAUCCCCUCUGUGAGAGCAGCAUGGUGAGAGCGAGUGACCUGAGACAUCCGCUCCAGCCUGGGUCCUGCACCUCUGUGAGCAGUUCUGGUGCUCUCUGGAGAAGGAAAGGGAAUGUUUUCCUGCAGUGUAACCUCCUCCCUGACGCUCCUUCUGGCAGCCAGCGGGUGCUCCAGUGGGCAGGGCAGGACAGCUCAGGUGCCACUGCUGUGCUUAGUGCCUGCCUUCACAGGAGUGACUGCACAGGUGCCCAGGGACUCAGACUGAUGUCCUUGGGCUUUAAAUUGCAAAAAAGUGAAAAAUGGAAUAAACAACAUGUAAAACUUACAGAGGCACCUUGGUGUGAGGUGUUAGCACUAUUACUUUUGUCACUGGUUUUAGCUUGGAUGAUGGACAUUUGUCUUUUGCUCCACUUGCUUCGUGCUCCCACUGUUCCUUGUUCCAGGGGGCAACGCUUCCCCUUGUCGUGGUUCUCUGGCCUGGCUGCUUCAGCUGCCCUUUGUCUGGGGCGUGAGCUACAACCAUGGGCAGCAAGAACCAGCAUGAGAGUGGAGGGGCUGCAGGCAAAGCCAUCAUCUGGAAAGGCCAGAGGAGGGGUGGGAAGAGGCAGCCCUUCUCCCAGGCUGGUUCUAUUUGAGCACUGCCUUGCACAUUUAUUUCAGCAAAUAUGAAGUGAGUCUUUCAUUCUAUUCCCUUUCCUCCUUGUCAACUACUUCAAACCAGAUGAGCUCAAGAGAUAAAACUAUAAAUACUCAAUGUCUCUAUUUAGCAGGAUGCCAAGUCUGCAUGCCAUCAAAAUAUCUGAGGCAAAAAAAUCUGAACAGACAAUACUUACUCUAAGUGUUAUGUUAAGAGCAGCCUAGAUGCUUUUCCAUGAACACAAACAAUGCUUUCACGAAUCACUAAGAUUUUGUAUCAGCAAUUUUUAAAAUUACCAUCAGGACAAGUGCCACAGCCACAUUCUCUGUCAUGUUAAAAAUUAUUCUGUAGGCCCAGUGCACCCACUGCCUUCUUACCUAUGUCAGAACAUGUUUAUAUCAAGCAGUGCCAUGGGGGCUUGGAAAAUGUACUUUUGCAUGUGUGAGAUACCAGAGCUAUGAAGCAGAAUAAUGGCUCAGCAUUUGAGCAUGCUUGCUAAUUUCCUGAUCUGGACAUAAUCAGGAUCAAUCAAUCCUGCCACUGGUUGGCAAAAGAGACCACUGCUGUCCAGAAAGCAUCUGAGGAUUUCUAUGUUUUUUUGCUGCCCUAGCUUAUAUAUACUGAGAAUAAAAACUAGAAGGAAACAGCUGUAAUCUCAAAUAAAUUUAACAGCCUUUUUUAUCCCUUUUUUUUUUUUAAUAAUUGUAACAGAGAAUUAUUAGAAUCGAUAUAUUUUUUACUGCCAUGUCACUCUCCUGUGAGGAGAUAUUUAAUACUGCAGGGUGGUUCUCCUGCAGUACACGUGGCUGCUUCAGGUCCUCAGUCCUUCCCGCUGCUAUCCUCUGUGGCACUGCAGCUUCUGGUUUUAUGACUCUUCCGAGCAGAGACAUAAAUACACCCUCCUCUGGGUGAACACAGGCUUAUUUAGCAGUGUAGAUUGUGGUCCACAGGAUUUCCUACUGUACUGUCACCUUUAAAAAAGGAUGCUGGGGAAGUAAAACCAAGUAUGUCUGAGACAAAAAUAAGCUGGUGUAUGAGUAGGCCAGACCUAUCACUAUAUGGUUCCACCAGGUACUCUUCCUGCCAUCCUUGUCCCUCUCCCAUGGACAAUCUGGCCACUGCUGGGGUUUGCUUCAAGGCACUUCAUACCUUCCACAGUCUUCCUGUCACCUAACUCAGAGGGACAAGUUGCUCCUUUGUUUUGAUUUACCCCUUCACUUCCUCUUUCUCCUUCUCUUACAAACCAAACUGCAAAUCAAAUUUCUCUGAGCUCAGAAUAAAGCAGUACACAGCACUGCUCAUAGGAUAUACAGCUGUGGUUCACUAAUCAGGUGAGCAAAACUUUCCCAACUGAGAGAUUAUAUUUUCAUUUAAUUUGAUACUGUGAGACCCUUACAUGAAUUGCCAUGUCGCCCCCACACACAGUAUGAUCUUAAUUUUGGAUAGCUUCCUUCACAUUAUAGAAGAAACCUCCAGGAUGCCCCAGAAGAGUAGGACAUAGACAAACACAGCCAAGUUUACUUGGAAAAGCUGUAGUAGGGGGACCCAAGCUGGAAUUUCAGAAUAUUACACAUUAGCAGAAACCCCCUUGCUUUUCUCCUUAGUCAUGGUUGAUAGUUUCCUGGUAGCACAAUGGUCAUGCUUAAACAUAAAACUUUAAACAUCAAACUCAGCGCUGCCAUAACAUUGUGUGGUAUUAAUCCAGGCAGUCAUGUGCCAUGUUUUAUGUAAUGAUCCACACUUUCACACCACAGACACACAGCCAGAAAAGGAAACACAUUGAUUUAGCACUCAGUAAUCCUUGUUUAAUCCCCAGUCCUUUGGUUUACAUCACUAACAUGGCUCCUGCAGUAGUCAGUGUUCUAUCUUUGUUCGUGACAGACUGAAUUAAAGGAAAGAUUUAUUAAUUUGCAACUUGGCUUUGUAGAUGCAUCUUAAAUAUGCUAAAAACAAAAGCAGUCCAGCAGACAGUAUUGGCUUAACUAUAAAAAUCUGCUCUUUUAAACUCAAACCUUUUCAACAGUCCAAGUCAAGCUGCAGAGUAAUUUUUUGGCUUCCUGUAGCAAUUGCAUUCUAAAGGACUAAAUUUAACAACUGUCUCACUGCAUGCCCUCAGCUUACUUCCUUUUCACUCAUUACUACAAACACAAUCUCCUCUUUCCUUGCUCAUCUGCAUUAAGGACUGCAGAGUUUUAUGGCUCAUGCACUGAUAAGAGAAAGGAGUUGUAACUAAUGGAUUAAUUUGCAAAUAAUGUUAGAGGGUCAGAGAUCCCAUUCAUGCCAGUGGUGAUAAAUAUUCCAUGUAAUUGCUGCACAAAUGCUGGUGUUUGGGAUUUAUUUUACGAAUGCUGGAUGCUUUCUUCCCUCUCAUGGUGCCAAAGACGGUGAUUCUUUGAUUCUUAGGAGGAAGCCUUUUGUAAUAAUUUAGCUGUCAUCACCUUCACUCCUGAAUCCUCCAGGCCAGGUACAGGCUAGCCCUGUUCCUUUCUGGCAGGUGAGAUUUCAGAGCUAACUCCAGCACCUUAAGGUGGCUCUUUGCUCACAACCUUCUGCUAGCAAGUCAGUGGAAAUCUUGAGUGACAACCAUGCUCAUGGCACAAUUGUAAUUUUUUUUUUUUUUUUUUAUUUAAAAAAUGUUAAUUUCUUAGAUGCAAUCAGACAUCUGUAUUUUACAGUUACAGUUAUAAUCAGACAAUUGUGUUUUACAGCCUAUACUGAUACAGACUGUCUUUCCUAUUGGAAACCAUUCUUCUUUGGGGAAGUCCAGGUUAGUUUCUUAGGCAAAUAAACUGUUAGAAGACUGUAAUUCACGAUCAAACUAUGGCAUUUAAGCUCAGCUCUAAAUCAAACUAGUGUAGUCUGGUUGCUCAUUUCAAGGAAA